UCACUAAAAACAAAACGUCGGAAAACCCUCAAAAAUUAUUUAAAUCGUUUUUAAUCUACCGUUGUAGCGUUCCAAUUGGAAAAUUAUACCAUACAAUGGCGUUUAGUAACUUUGAUUAGUCACGCAGCCGGUCACACUGGCCACUAGUCAAAUCGGACGAAAUUAGCUUUUGUUUAUUUCAUUUAAUUCAGAAAGCUUGUCGACGCCAGCAUGGAUCCCGAGGAGGAGCCGGUCUUCCGCAACUUUCAGGGCCUGAAGGCCCGCAAGUUCGACGACGAGAAGGUGUCCACGACCACGUCCCGCGAGCAGCAAAAAACGGAGGCCUCGGUGGAGAAGUGUUUCGACCGCUAUGACGAGCUGGUGUUCACCAACCCGCGCCUCAGCCAGAUCUUUCGCCUGGAGCACCAGUACUACUUGGACGCGAUGCUGCGCCGGCUGCCCUCCAACUACGAGUGCCUGGAUAGCAGUCGACCCUGGUGCAUUUACUGGAUCCUGCAGGCGGCGCAGCUUCUUAGCUUCACUUUCGACGACCAGACGCUCGACCACGUGGUGCAGUUUCUCAGCAAGUGCCGCGCUCCCACAGGAGGCUUUGGCGGUGGACCCGGCCAGUACGCUCACCUGGCUCCCACGUACGCGGCAGUAAACAGCCUGUGCAUCAUCGGAACUCAGGAGGCGUACCGUGCCAUUGAUCGCCCCACGCUGGUUCAGUUUCUGUUCAGUGUGCGUGACUCGGACGGCUCCUAUCGGUUGCACGUGGACGGCGAGACGGACGUUCGCGGCGCCUACUGCGCCAUAUCCUGCGCCAAGCUGCUAAACCUGCCCGAGCCUGUGAUCCGCGAGCUAUUCGCCGGCACCGGCGACUGGAUUGCCAAGUGCCAGACGUAUGAGGGCGGCUUUGGCGGUGCCCCUGACCUGGAGGCCCACGGGGGCUAUACCUUUUGCGGCAUCGCUGGUCUGGCGCUGCUCAACGAGGCGGACAAGUGCGACCGGCAGGCGCUGCUCCAGUGGACGUUGCGCCGUCAGAUGAGCUACGAGGGUGGCUUCCAGGGACGCACCAACAAGCUGGUCGACGGCUGCUACUCCUUCUGGGUGGGCGCCACCAUACCCAUCGCACAGGCCACCCUCUCGGGAGACGAUAAAGAGAUGGAGCACACCCUGUUCGACGUGGGAGCCUUGCAAGAGUACAUCUUGAUCUGUUGUCAGAAGCAGAACGGAGGGCUCAUCGACAAGCCCGGCAAACCCCAAGAUCUCUACCAUACAUGUUAUACUUUGAGCGGAGUCUCCAUUGCCCAGCAUUCAGAGUCCGCCAGCUGCCCGCAAGUCAUGGGCGACACCAUCAACGAGCUGCUGCCCACCCACCCGCUGUUCAACAUCCCACCAAAGUCAGUUGCAGCUGCUAGAAGCCACUUCAGCAAUUCCAACGACACCGAGUUCGUCGUCAGCGACGCUGACAUAAAGGCGGAGAAGAAGCAGGACAGCUAGGACGUCAUGCAACAGGUGGAUGCGGAUAGGGGUAUCUUUGCACUGAGACAAUGAUUUACACUACACAUUUUACGAACUACAAUUGCUUUAAUAAAAAUAUCUUUGAACUGUA